AUGUCUGAAGCAGCGAAAAGACGACAUGAAAGUAACAAACCAACAGCUAUUAAAAAGGCUUCGGCUUGUUCCGGCGAUGGGAUUAAAAUAGUUGAACAAUCCUUUGAUAAAAACACAUCCAACAGACGAAACAUAGAAUUUGAAGAUGGCGGCGAUAUUUCUUCCAUGGGUGAUGCUGCCCAGGAAUAUGUGAACGAUGAUUUGGACGAAGAAGAUAUGUUGGCUGAAAUAAGAAGAAAUGAAGAUCAACUGAAGAAAGUUGAAGCUGACUUAAAGAGGGGUAGAAUAAGGGAAGAAUUGUUAGAAAGUCGCAGAAAGCUGGCUGAAAUCAAGGACCAAACGGAAGUCAAAUUUGGUACCAGCGUCAGCUAA